AUUGUGUAAUAUUUUCCAGCAAUGUGUGGAGGAACAUGGCGAUACCGUGGAGGCACUGUUGGAGGUGGACUACAGGCGUUACGAGUACAAGUGUACUAGAAACCAUAUGCGGUUUUAAUGGAAGGUCUGCUACGUUUGCUGCUUUGUCUUUGCGAGGAACGGGGGCCGUCGCUGGCUCGGGAAAGGAGAGACUAUCCUCCACGCCUGAAGACACAACCUCAAUAGGCAACUAUAUUCUGACAAGUAGGCACAAAUCAAGGUUGCUUUACCCCACACCAAAGCCUUGCUGCUGCAAAAGGAUACACAGUGAUGCCAAGUUGAAGGACCCGUUCACACUCGCCCAAAAAGACUUGAACUAUUUGUAUGAUGAUAUUAAAAAGGAGCUUUUUGUGUCCAAAUCAGAGCUGAAGUCCUUAUGUGACUACUACUUUGACGGGAAGGGCAAGGCCUUCCGACCAAUGAUAGUGGUGCUGAUGGCCCGGGCCUGCAAUAUUCACAGCAACAGAGACGGAGAUCUGCUCCCAGGUCAGCGGUCCAUAGCAAUGAUCUCUGAAAUGAUCCACACCGCCAGCCUGGUCCACGAUGAUGUCAUCGAUGGCUCGGACAAGCGGAGGGGGAAGACCACCAUCAGCGAAGUGUGGGGGGAGCGAAAGGCCAUUUUAGCUGGAGAUUUCAUCCUCUCGGCAGCCUCCAUGGCUCUGGCCCGUAUCGGCAACAACACAGUGGUGUCAGUGCUGUCUCAGGUCAUAGAGGAUCUGGUGCGAGGGGAAUUCAUGCAGCUGGGCUCCAAGGAGAACGAGAGCGAGAGAUUCAAGCACUACCUCGAGAAGAGCUUCAAGAAGACUGCCAGUCUUAUAGCGAACAGUUGUAAAGCAGUAUGUACGUUCUAUCUCCACAAUAAUAACAGACUUCCAGGAAGUCCUAGGGCAGAACUGAAAAGGUGUGUGUUGACUGGCUGUCAUUUUCCAUUCAAGGUAUCUAUUCUGGUGAACUCUGACCCAGAGGUACAGGAAAUAGCCUUUCAGUACGGGAGGAACGUAGGCAUCGCCUUUCAGCUGGUGGAUGAUGUGCUGGACUUCACAGCAUGCGCCAGCCAGCUAGGAAAGCCUUCGGCUACAGACCUUAAACUGGGCCUGGCAACCGGACCAGUCUUAUUUGCCUGUCAACAGUUUCCUGAGCUGCAUGCUAUGAUUAUGAGGCGGUUCAGCACCACUGGAGACGUGGAUCGGGCCUGGCAGUAUGUCCUGGAGAGUGAUGGUGUGGUUCAGACCAACUACCUGGCCCAGAGCUACUGCCGGGAGGCAAUCCGGCAGAUCAGUCUGCUCAGGCCCUCCCCGGAACGGGACGCCCUCAUCAGGCUCACUGAGAUGGUCCUCACCCGCGACAAGUGAGCUCCCAGGCUUCACUUCCUGUCCUGUGGAAGCCCCCCCUCCCCAUGGAGGGUUAGAUGCCAGGAUGAUGAGGAGGGAAGGUGGUUAAUGUUUCAUCAGUGACAUUCCCAGUGGGUCCUGAUGGAGCAUUGUUUAUGCAGCUUUUUGUACAUAACAUAAGUUAAAGGUGGAACUAAACGGUGCAUACACAGGUUCUUCAGGACUGACUUUUGAGUGAGAUGCACUGCUUCACAUUACCCAUGGCUUCUUUCUCUCCUCUGGAAAACCCUUAGGUCCUCACAGAAAAGAGUAUAUGUUAUUGACACCAGUGGUUUUUAAUGCUAGUCCUGUAGGACCCCUGCAUCUACAGGUUUCUGAACCAACCCCCCACCUAUUCUUCAAUUGAACUUCAACAAAGCGUUAAAAUAGAUAGCACGUCAAUGAGGCAUGAACACAGACCUAUAUGCACAGGGACUCUCCAGGAUCAUUGUUGAAACAUGAUUUUCAGUGUAUACAGGCUGUAUUUGGUCAUCAAAGGCGGUUGUUAUUACACGUGAUGCUUGGGGCGGGAUGGACCCUGCAGAAUCAUUGUAAUUUCAUGACGAGUCAAGAUGGAGUAUCAUUAUUGUGUGUGUGGAUCUGUAUUAAGACCUUGCUCGAAGAUCCGCCCGCAGUCCGCACCGUAACGGCCAAAUGUCAAACGUUUGUCAGGGUGACUCUUGUCAAUUGGAGAAUGUUAUAUUGUAGGUAUUUCCUGUCACAAAUGCUUAAAGGUCCCAAACAGUCAUUCUGAUUCCCAUGUAACGCAGCCUUUUGAGUGACUAAAACAUCACCCACAAUAUUUUAAAGUUUGAGAAAUGUAUAUUUUUUUCUUCUCUCAUGUCAAACUACCACCAGGAAGUCGAUAAAGAUUGAGUCAGUGGGCGGGGAGCUAGUAGGCUGAGUGGGCGGGGAGCUAGUAGGCUGAGUGGGCGGGGAGCUAGUAGGCUGAGUGGGCGGGGAGCUAGUAGGCUGAGUGGGCGGGGAGCUAGUAGGCUGAGUGGGCGGCGUUCCCAAGAACCGCCAAUGUCAAGCAACAUGGAUGCAGUGUUAGUGAGAUUAUCUCAAGCAAAUUUGCUGAAACACAAAAGGAACUCGAACAACAUUGAAAUUGCAUGCAACAUCCAAUCAUGGUUUCACUAAUUAUUUGUUUAUCCUGUUUGGUUAUUGUAACUAUCAAUGUAGUGGCUAUAUAAUUUAGUGAGCUAUCCCAAAUGGAAUUGUCAGCACUGUUUAUCACGCUAGCUGGUUCACCUUGAACAAUUUCAUGUGUUUACAAAACAUUAGGAACUAUUUUCCUAAUAUUGAGUUGCAACCCCUUUUUGCCCUCAGAACAGCCUCAAUUUGUCGGGGCAUGGACUCUGCAAGGUUUCGAAAGAGUUACACAGGGAUGUUGACUCGAAUGCUUCCCACAGCUCUGUCAAGUUGACUGGGUGUCCUUUGGGUGGUGUACCAUUCUUGACACACACGGGUAACUGUUUGACCGUGAAAAACCCAGCAGAGUUGCCGUUCUUGACACACUCAAACCGCUGUGCCUGGCACCUACUACCAUACCCCAUUCAAAAACACAUACAUUUUUGUCUUGCCCAUUCACCCUCUGAAUGGCACACACACAAUCAUUGUCUCGAGGCUUAAAAAUCCUUCUUUAACCGGCCUCCUCCCCUUCCCCUACACUGAUUUGAAGUGGAUUUAACAGGUGACAUCAGUAAGGGAUCAUAGUUUUCACCUGGUCAGUUUGUCAAGGAAAGAGGUGAUCAUAAUGGUUUGUACUGUGAGACAAUGUUCUUAUCAAUGAUGUCAAGUUAUAAAAUGUUUGUUAGGCAUGUGUCUUAAUGUAAUGACCACUGCGUCUGAGUUGUGGCAACCCAUCCCCUGCUUUUGUUACAUCCUGGCUAAAGACAACACCAGACACUUCAUUAGGGUAAACUUCAAUCUAUUUGGCGACACACUGCAGUCACAUUUUUGCACCAGUGGACUAGCUACCGGUACUUAAUUAAAUUAGGUAAGAGAAUAAGAUGUUACCGUUGGUGUAUUAAAAUGAGGCUUUUUGUGAUGUCACAAAUCCCGCCUCUAAGUGUUUGACAUGGGGGGGGGGGGACCAGUAACUUUAUGAUCGAACUUGAUCAAUGUAGAAGCAAAAUUCAUUUUUUUAUACUUCGAUCUGGUUUCAUCCAAAUGUCAUGAAAAACUGUGAUUUUUGACUGUUCGGGACCUUUAAUAAACCCAGGCCUUAACAUCCACAAUGACUGUGUGCUCACAUUAAAUGUUAUUUUUUAAAGUCAA